UUCGGAGCCACGGCCCAGAAAUGGGAGUAGUACUACACGCGAGGCUGGACUUGUGCUUUAAAAUGCAAGUCUUUGUUCAAGCGUAAAGUACCGCUUCGCUCUGUUGAGGAAUCCCAUUAUUUUGGACGCCAACUUGGCUUUGCCUUCCAAAUGACUCCGAAACUGGACAUCGCUCGAAAUGCGACCCCAAGUAUCCCGAUACUCUCGGAAGGUUGCAGGGAUACUCCUUGGAAUUGCGGCGCCAUGACAAAGGGGUCGUUCUUCGCAGUGAACGCGCAAACUUGUAUCUUUAACGGGUUUGAUUUUCAUUUUUAAUGCACAAUAAAUAAUUAAUUGUAGGUAUGCAACAUGUAUAAUCUGUAACUGUUAGCUUUCAGGUUAGCCAACAGAUGGCACUUAAAUAUAAAAAUAAACACCACACAUAAUUUUAUUGAUUAAAAUGAAUAGUUUGAAUAUUAUAAAAAUAGAUUAUCAUUUCAAAAUCAUACAUUUUAAUUAUUAUCUUUAAUAAUUUCCAUACUACUAAUAAGGUAAUGACGUUGCGUCGUUUAAUACGUUGUUCACUUGGAGUCGCUAGCAGUUCCGUUGUAUUCGAUCGCGAUCUCCGUAAUACUCCGUAUACUUCAGUGCCGCUUAAUACGUUGUGCUGGGUAUACGUUAUUUUAUAAAAUAACUUAAGUGACAAACUAAGUUUACGAAGGCUUGGGACGUACUGUUACAACGACAAAAUGGCGUUCAGGACUAAACGCAAAGCAUUUUCAUUUCACGAUAAAUUGAAAAUAUUACAAUAUUACGACAAAAAAUCACAAGAUUACAAAAAAUCUCAAAUAGCAGCUGAACUUGAAAUUCCUGUCUCAACACUAUCGACGAUUGUAAAAUACAGGGCUGAUGUAGAAAAUAGAUGUAAAAACAUAAGUGGUGCAUACUUAAAACGAAAGAAAAAUAAAAGCGGUAAAUAUGUUGAAAUUGAGAAUGUUUUGAUCGACUGGAUCGUCAGUAUGAACGCCCAGAAUAUUCCCCUGGACGGGCCAAUGAUGAAACAAAGAGCUUUAGAAAUCGCUAAAGAAUUAGAAGUCUACGAUUUCACGGCUUCCAGUGGUUGGUACAGUCGUUUUAAGCAGCGCCACGCGUUCUCGUUAAACAAUGACUUUGACAGUGAUGACGGCUCCGACCUUACUUACGAAUCCUAUCAAGAACUAGUCAAAGACUAUGAACCGUGUGAUGUUUUUAAUGCUGAUGAAUUCGGAUUGUUUUACAAGCUAAUGCCAAACGACAUGUCUACUAUAGUAGACAAGAUAUGUAAAGAUGGUACAAUGCCAGAAGAACGGUUCACAGUAUUGGCAUGUUCGAAUUCUAUUGGAUCAGAAAAAUUACCACUACUCAUUAUUGGUAAUACUGAAAAUUCAGAUAAAGACUUGCCCUGCCAAUAUCAAGUUAACCCUAAGUCUUGGAUGACAAAACUGGCUUUCACAAACUGGUUAUACAUUCUUGACGAAUAUUUUGAAAUUCAGGGGAGAUUGGUGGUAUUGUUCGUCGAUGAGAGUCCAGUGCAUCCAAAGGACAUAAUCUUGAAUAACAUAAACUUGGUUAUCAUACCCCCUGAAGCUGAACAUGAAAUGCCUAUGUCUCAAGGCAUUAUUAAGGUUAUUAAGCAGAAUUAUAGGAUCAAAUUGAUUGAAAAAUACAAGGAGGGACUAGCUGUUGAUUUUAAACAGUGCUUGAAAUACCUCACUGAUGUCUUUGAGUCCAUUAAAGCUCAUACAAUUCAAUCUUAUUUUAAGAAAUCCGGUUUCGGAGACUAUUAUGAGGUUGAUGACGAGGAUGACGAAUACAAAGAACAAAUACUGAUGAAAUACCAAGACUAUUUGUAUGUUGAUUAUGAAUUAGCGACGUGUGAAGUAGAAAAAGGCGUUAACCAAGAAUCAACAUUUACAGAUAAUAAUAUAAAAGAAAAAGUUAAUAAAAUCAUCAUUAACAAUGGUGAAACCAUUGAUAACAAAUCAGUUACGGCGCUUCAAGCGGUCACUACAUUGAAGCAUUAUUUAAAAUCUUUAGAUUCUGAAAAUGGUCUCAACAAUUUGUCUGUAAUAGAAAGUAUAAUUUUAAGCUCGAUUUCUAAAAAUAAUUCUAUGUAGCAGCAUUUAUAUUAUGUGGAGAUGCGUAUUUUUUAAAUUUUUAGUUAAAUAAAUCAAUAAUCUAGUCUCAA